CAGAAGCAAAGCACAGAGAGCAGCCGAUGAGAACAGCCUGAGAGCCCCUGGUGAGGCAGAGACGGCCCGCUCUGUGGAAGAUGCUGACUGCAGCGAGGCCGAGAAGCCCUUCAUUUUGAGGUGGGAGAGCAGGUUUCAGCGUCUUCAUUCCCGACCUCACCAUGGCUUCAACUCUCUGGCUGGACGGCUGAUGUGACUGUGUGUCCCACAUGCUGUUGGACUGUGUGCCGUCCAGGUAGUUCCUGCUUACAGGGUGUGGGAGCACAGCCAGUGGGCAUCAGAUGCUCCCAAAGGUUGGACCAGCAGAGUGAUGGACUUGGACAGGCUAAGAUGGAAGUGACCUGAGGCCUCGCCCGGGCAGUUUCUUCACAACAGGACAAGUUAAGAAUUGAAACACAGGCUUGUCUGGGGAGCAGUAUGCCGGAAGCUGGUUUUCAGGCCACAAAUGCGUUCACAGAGUGCAAAUUCACCUGCACCAGCGGCAAAUGCUUGUACCUUGGUUCACUGGUCUGUAACCAACAGAAUGACUGUGGGGACAACAGUGACGAAGAAAACUGUCUCCUGGUGACCGAGCAUCCACCUCCAGGCAUCUUCAACUCGGAGCUGGAGUUCGCACAGGUCCUCAUCAUCGUCGUGGUGGUCACAGUGAUGGUGGUGGUUGUCGUAUGCCUGCUGAACCACUACAAAGUCUCCACACGUUCCUUCAUCAAUCGCCCCAACCAGAGCCGGAGACAAGAGGACGGGUUGCAGCCGGAAGGGUCCCUGUGGCCUUCUGACAGCUCCGUGCAGCGGCCAGGGGCUUCAGAGAUCAUGUGUGCCCCACGGGGCAGGGAUAGGUUUACUACCCCAUCCUUCAUCCAGCGGGAUCCGUUCAGUCGCUUCCAGCCCACCUACCCCUACGUACAGCACGAGAUUGACUUGCCUCCCACCAUCUCCCUGUCAGACGGGGAAGAGCCGCCUCCUUACCAGGGACCCUGCACCCUCCAGCUCCGGGACCCAGAGCAACAGAUGGAACUCAACCGAGAGUCCGUGAGGGCCCCGCCCAACCGAACCGUGUUUGACAGUGACUUGAUAGACAUUUCUAUGUACAACGGGGGACCAUGCCCACCAAGCAGCCACUCGGGCAUCAGUGCAGCUACUUGUAGCAGUAACGGGAGGAUGGAGGGGCCGCCCCCGACCUACAGCGAGGUGAUGGGUCACUACCCAGGUACCUCAUUCUCCCACCACCAGCAUAGCAACGCACACAGGGGCAGCAGACCACAGUUUCAGCCGAACAACUCAGAGGGCACAAUAGUACCCAUCAAGGGCAAAGACAGGAAGCCUGGGAACCUGGUCUGAUUCCCUUCAGGGUGCACUUUGCAAGGAGAGAGAAACCUCGGCAGGGAGAGCGAGGCCACCGGCCCCUCUGCCACAGUGUUGUCCAGCUUUACGUCGUACAGCUGAGUAAAACCAAAUGUGCAAA